CAGGCCACAAUCAGGAAGAGCUCGCACUCCAGCUUAGCGUUCAGUUAGGUACAGACGCUUCAGUCUCUUUCCCCUCCGAUUUCUCUGGACUUUUUGGUGAGGCCAAACAACAAUAAUCAGCCAUGGACGCCAUCAAGAAGAAGAUGCAGAUGCUCAAGCUGGACAAGGAGAAUGCCUUGGACAGAGCGGAGCAGGCUGAGGGAGACAAGAAGGCAGCGGAGGACAGAAGCAAACAGUUAGAGGAUGACAUAAGAGAGUUGGAAAAGAAAUUGCGCAUUACCGAGGACGAGAGAGACAAAUUGUUUGAGGAGGGCCAGACCGCGGAGGAGAAGCUGCUGGCCGCUGAGGAGGUGGCCGCUAAGCUUGAGGACGAUUUGGUAGCUCUGCAGAAGAAGCUCAAGGGAACUGAGGAUGAGCUUGACAAGUACUCCGAGGCUCUUAAAGACGCACAGGAGAAACUUGAGUUGGCUGAGAAGAAAGCCGCCGACGCUGAGAGCGAUGUCGCUUCCCUUAACAGACGCAUCCAGCUGGUUGAGGAGGAGUUGGAUCGUGCCCAGGAGCGUCUGGCCACUGCCCUGACCAAGCUGGAGGAGGCUGAGAAGGCAGCUGAUGAGAGCGAGAGAGGCAUGAAGGUUAUUGAGAACAGAGCCAUGAAGGACGAGGAGAAGAUGGAGCUGCAGGAGAUCCAGCUGAAGGAAGCCAAACACAUCGCUGAGGAGGCUGACCGCAAAUACGAGGAGGUUGCCCGUAAGCUGGUCAUCAUUGAGAGUGACCUGGAGCGCACAGAGGAGCGCGCUGAGCUCUCAGAAGGCAAAUGCUCUGAGCUUGAAGAAGAGUUGAAAACUGUGACCAACAACCUGAAGUCACUGGAGGCCCAGGCCGAGAAGUACUCCCAGAAGGAGGACAAGUACGAGGAGGAGAUCAAGGUCCUCACCGACAAGCUGAAGGAGGCUGAGACUCGUGCUGAGUUCGCUGAGAGAUCAGUAGCCAAGCUUGAGAAGACCAUUGAUGACCUGGAAGAGAAAUUGACACAUGCUAAAGAGGAGAACCUUGACAUGACUCAGAUGCUGGACCAGACUCUAAUGGAACUGAACAAUAUGUGAACACCCGUCCCCCCACCAACCCAUCCCCCCCCCCCCCCCCCCCCACACACAUGGUUUUGGCUUUUGUACUUGCACCCUGCUUCCUUUAAAGCCUGUGUUCCUUCAUGGCCCGGGGUGGAGAGCAGACCGCCAGAUGCUUUCAGUUUUCAUGUUUUGCACCAUCCAGCUUUCCCUGAAACUCAACCAAGGAGCAAAGCUCAAAUGUACCGCUCCCUCUAGCCCAGACUGAAAUACACAAUGAUAUUAAUAAAUUGUAAUUCUUGUAGCUACGUGUGCUUUUUAAUCAUGCCGUUUUUUUAUGUCAUGUGGUGAUUUUACUUUAUUAUUAUCUGCCUAGAGAGUUUAUACAUUUCAAAAUGAGUCUUAUACAUCCCAUUCCAGCUGUCAUGAUAGUACAGAGAUAAAAACAAUUUUAGCACUUAAAUAAAAGAUUUAGGAAAUCAUUUCAGUGGCAGGACUAAGAAUACAUGUUUAGAUAGGUCCGGCAUCCCCCAAAAUAGGCCUACCUCACAAGUAAAAGUAUACCAUGUUUGUUCAUACUGGCGUACUGGUGCUACUGUAUUACGCAUUUUGGAAAAUAUAAAUUUGUCAUUCCUGACCUUUUGUUGAGGUUUCUAUUUGGUGUCAGUAGUUAGAAGUGUCAAGAAAGGCAUAAAUCCUUGUUUCCAGGUUUAAUUUAUUUUCUUAAAUUUUCAUGUAUGAUUAAAAAUGUACGAUUGUGCAUUAUUUUACCCAUUACUCAAUUGAUAUGGAUGUAUCUCGUAUAUCAUAUGCAUGUACAAUGCAUCUAAAUAAAAGCACACAUUUGACAUUUU